AUGAAAGGGCAAACUCGAUUUGGUGUCAAGGGUAAGUUGGCGCCAAGAUAUGUUGGGCCAUAUGAAGUUCUAGAGAAAAUAACGUAUCGGGUGGCCUUACCACCAGUUAUGGAGCAUAUGCAUAAUGUCUUUCAUGUCUCUAUGCUUCGGGAUUAUCUGAGGGAUCCGUUACAUGUGAUUGAGCCGACCUAUGUACUCCUAAAGGAUGAUUAUACUUACGAGGAGAGGCCUAUUCAAAUUGUGAACUGCAGGAUUAAAAGACUAAGAAACAAAGAAAUCACGUUAGUGAAGGUAGAUUGGCAGAAUCAUGGGGGAACCUAUGCAACCUGGGAAACGGAAGAAGACAUGAUGAAGAGAUAUUCGAAUUUGUUUCCGUUGGACCUAAUGUUACUCCGAAAUGAAGGUAAUUCGAGUUUGGAGGACCAAAAUCUUUUAAGAGGGGAAGACUAUAACAACCUCGAUCCUUGA